CAUGGACCAUUGUCUCUCUACCCUUCAAAUUUUCAGGUUUCUCUUUCUUUCGUCUGCGUGUAAGUGACAUUGGUGAGAGUGAGAGCAGCAACAGAGACGACAACAAGCAAAGACAAUUGAUUCGUGAAUUCAAAGAAAUCCAUUUUCAUUAAUCUUACUUCUUAACCAACCAACCAACCAACCCACCAAAACUUCAAACUAACUCAACAAAUUCCCUUUCCUUCCCCCACCCUCCUCCUCCUCCUCUUCUUCACCUCUCUCUCUCUGUGGCGCUUACCUGAAUGAAGCUCUCGGCGCUGCAGCAGAGCUACAUGAGCCGACGGAGCGCCAGCUUCAGAGGUUCACCGCCGUUUGAUUCCUCCGCUGAAACUGCCAUUAAAUCUCCCUCAGCCAUCUUUUGGCUCCUUCUCCAUGGUAUUUGCUGCCUUAUUAGUCUGGUCCUCGGUUUCCGUUUCUCUCGUUUAGUUUUUUUAUUUCUUUUUUCCACCUCUACAAUUAAUCUCCAUGGCACGCCCUUCCGUCAGCUCGCCACCACCGCUGACCUUGCUAGUCCUCUUAAUGUCCCUUCCAAUUCCGUUGUUGAUCCCGAACUUCCUGCAAUUAACAGAAGUCUUAGUUCUAGAGUCGUCGUUGGCCGCCAUGGGAUCCGGAUCCGGCCUUGGCCCCAUCCGAAUCCGACGGAGGUGAUGAGAGCGCACCAGAUAAUUGAGAGCGUUCAGAGAGAGCAGAGGAUUCAGUUUGGAGUUAAGAGCCCUAGGACUGUUAUCGCGGUUACGCCGACUCAUAUACGGACUUUCCAAACGCUGCAUUUGACCGGUGUCAUGCACUCGCUGAUGCUGGUUCCGUAUGAUGUUGUUUGGAUCGUGGUGGAGGCCGGUGGAGUCAGUAAUGAAACCGCUGCAAUUAUUGCGAAAUCGGGACUUAAGACUAUUCAUAUAGGAUUCAAGCAGAAAAUGCCGAAUUCGUGGGAGGGACGUCAUAAAUUGGAAGCUAAAAUGCGGAUUCGUGCUUUGAGAGUUGUGAGAGAGCAGAAGCUAGAUGGGGUAGUGAUGUUUGCUGAUGAUAGUAAUAUGCAUAGCAUGGACCUAUUUGAUGAGAUCCAGAGUGUGAAGUGGUUUGGUGCUGUUUCCAUUGGGAUUCUCGCUCAUUCAGGUGGUGCCGAUGAGUCAUCGUCAUCGGUUAAAGUUGAGAAGGUUGAGAAGAGCUCGUCAAUGCCUGUUCAAGGUCCUGCUUGUAAUGCAUCUAACAAGUUGGCUGGUUGGCACACCUUUAAUUCUCAUCCGUAUGAGGGGAAGAGUGCAAUCUUUAUCGAUGAUAGGGCAACUGUACUGCCUCAGAAGCUGGAAUGGGCUGGGUUUGUGAUGAAUUCAAGGUUGCUUUGGAAGGAAACUGAAGAUAAACCAGACUGGAUUAAGGAUUUAGAUUCUGUUGAUGCCGAUAUAGAGAGUCCUCUAUCUCUGUUGAAGGACCCUUCUAUGGCGGAACCACUAGGAAGCUGUGGGAAACAAGUUUUGCUUUGGUGGCUUCGUGUUGAAGCUCGCAGUGAUAGCAAAUUUCCUCCAGGAUGGAUAAUCGACCCGCCUUUGGAGAUCACAGUCCCAUCAAAACGAACACCAUGGCCAGAUGUUCCUCCUGAACUUCCUACUAUUGAAAAACCAGUGAUUCACAUCUCAGAGCAGACUCUUAAACAUACAAAGACGCGGUCAUCCAGAUCAAAACGCAGAAGAGGGAGGAGGCAUGAAUCAAAAUUGACGGAUACACAGGUUUCUACAAGACAUUCUGAGCAAAACUGAAACCUUUUAAGUGAGAACGUCAUAUAUACUGCCAUGUGAAUUUGAUACUGCAGGACUUGAAAGCGUCAAGGAAUUUGACUGAUAAACAAAAGGCACGUGAUCUUGAUGGUUGGCAGCUGGAUUUGAGAGCUUGAGUGCCAUCUAUCACACCAGUUUCUUUUUAAAUCUUUUUUUUUUCUCCUUUUCCACUUACAAGUUGAGGGUGAUUCUGAUUCAUAUUGUGGUUUCUUAGAAGGGCUAUGUCACAUCUGCAGCUAGGAAAACGCAAGGAUCUUGUAAUGUUCCACAUUUUAUACAUAAAAAAUCUUCUUUAAAAUAGGACUAUAUGUAUAGAGCUGUGUAUCAGUUGUUGGAUUCAGUAGAAAUGGAGGCCAUUGCAAUAAAUUUUUCAUUCAUUGUAAACGAUGCUGUUGAAUGUAUUGUAAUUGUUGACAUGAUCGACAACCAGAA